AUGUCCACUUUAUCCCCGCAGCUCGUUCAGAACGAGUCGCCGACCGAUGUGACUUUCUACGAUUCCACUUACCACGACCCUUACCUUUCGGCCCCAUUGGACCCGGAUGAAGCCUCGUUCAAGUCCUCCGCCAUCAGACUGACACCUGUCAGCGGCGAAGACCAUAGCACAGGGCACCCAUCGUCCCCUCUACGUAUUCAAACGCAUAGCGACAUGGCUGACGCCAAUAACGAGGGCCUCGCAGCUUCUUACUCCGAGUUUCUUAGUCCAACAGAGGAUUUCUCAAGUGACAUGAGUGCCCACACGUCCCCUAGCGCCGACAUCCUGUCGGUGGGAUUUGGCAUGCACAUGGAGCUGGGACCCAGCGGUCUGCACCGUGAUAAUGCCAUGGCUCUGGACGUACCGGAAAUUGCACCGGAGUUGCUUAGUGCCCCACCGGGAGAAAUAUCGUCCCCAUCAACUAUGCUAUCGCCUCAGCCAGCUGGUUUGAAUCAUACCAGUAGCCCAGGUCUGCUCCCAGAUUCGGGCAGUGUUAGGAUCCACGCUGAACAUGAGACCUCAGCUCGCCAGCCCCAGGCGCUGUCAUUAAUCACAUGUCCUCCCAGUGAUAACCUCAGUGUCCAUGCGGCUCCUGACUCGGCUAGGGCAAGAAGCCCGAUCGUCAAGAUCGAAAGCUACUCUCGUGGUGAUUCCCCAGUCAGAGAUGCCUCUUUGACAGGGCGACGGCGGAGCCUGUCCUCCACGCACCUUUCACCAAACGACAUGACCAGUGAAUCAGAACCCGAUGGCUUGGAAGAAGAGUACCGGGGAAGUGGUCUGAAUUACAGUGUCACGCGAGCGCAGGAUGGCUCCUGGAUUCCCAACAUAGCCACCGGGCAAGCAGGGGUUGGGCCUUCAUCACGGGAAGACAUCUACGUUAUGAGUCCGAACGAUAUGGAUACUCAGCGACGACUGGAUGAGAAGAAUGCCGACAUUCAAUCAUGGUCGGUAUCAGUAAGCGCUGCGAACAGUGAGGCAGGAGAUGACGACACCCCUUUCCUUUGUGGCAAUAGAAGGCACAUGGGAGGGAGGCGUAGGGCGAAAAGUGCCGGCGAUCCUUCACUUCAGCCGGACUACUUCAACUUGAAAUCUCGAUUACUGGAGCCCGCCAUUCCGGGUCCUGGCCUUCUACUCCAUGAGAGCAGCGAUGACGAGAUGAGCGAAGGUGGGUCGGAGGGUGCAGAGAGCCGAUCGGAUUCGCCGGCCGCCAGUGUCAAUGAGGCUAGGUGGGCACAAGGGGACACCGAGCUCAUCCCUUCGCCAGAGCAGCCCAGACCCGAAGAUGACGAGCCAUCCCCCCAUCAAUUUCUGGGGGCUCCUCCGUGGCGGGAUUUGGCGCACGACCCAUCGCCCCAGGCAACACGGAUGCAGCCAUCGAGCUCGAGCGCAGCCAUGGUGGAAUAUCAACGACGAGCCAAGGAUAUUGACACCGCAUCCCGGUCGGCAACCUGGGGCACACGGCAUCUGAAUGACGCAGAAGUGAACAGUAUUAUUGGUCCCGGCGGCUCCUUUGAGACCCUGUCCAUCAGUAACGAUAAAAGCAAAAAGCACGAGAGGAGAAGUAGUCUCCGUAAGUUUCUCCACAGGAAGCCGUCGGCCAGCAACCUGAAGCGGCGGUUAUCGGAUCUUUCGAUCAUCCCUCCCAGCACAGAGGGCGCCAGCAGAGACGACGAGAUCAAGAGCCCCCCGGUGAGGAAGGACAGCUUUCCGCAUCGGCUGAGCCUUGGCCGAUCUAGAUCUCCUAGCCUGAGCACUGGCGGCGCUGUGAUUGCCAUUGCUGGUCAGAUGGCCGCUAUCGGAGGCAAGGACUCCCUCAGGGCUGCAUCGCCGAAUUCAGCCACGGGUCAUUGGCCUCAUCUCAAGGUCCGGGGAAGAAGCAGGAGUGAGCUACCAAGGGCUUCAGCACCCGGCCUGAUCGACUUGAUGACAAGUCACGGUGGACCUCCUGUCCCCAAUAUCGUCUACUCGCCACGAGCGACCGACCAUGGCGAGGCCACGCAGAAAAGCCCGGAAGUGAACCCCGCUGCGGGCCAUGCAGAUGAUGAAGACGACGACAUGGCGGAUGAGAAAGGAGUGGUGAUGCAGUUCCCGGUUCCGUCGCAUUUGCCGGUUCCCACGCUCGAGGGGUUCAGGAACCAGAUUACCCAGCUGAACCCCCGACUUCCACCCGCACUGGUGGACCGCUUUUCCCACGAGCAACUUCGUCGGUACCGAAAGCUGGUCGAGAGCAAACAGAGCCACACACGCGCAAUUAGUCAGAGGAAAUGCCCCUCCGGCAAUUACUGCUUUGCGCUGGGUGGCGAGGCUAAGCUGCUAGCACCUCGCACUAGCCCCGAGGCUGCGCACACGCAGUUUCAUAUUCCCGGGCAUGGGGAAGUCGAUGACGAUCCCCACCAGCUUGGAGAAAGCGCAGUCACUGCGGCGCAGUUUCCCCCGGGGGUACCAUUGCCCCCGGUCAAGCGGUUGCCAGCGGAAUUCGAAUGCCCAGUAUGCUUCCAGGUCAAGGAGUUCCGGAAACCAUCUGAUUGGACCAAGCAUGUCCACGAAGAUGUGCAGCCAUUCACUUGUACCUUUCCUCACUGCUCAGACCCCAAAUCAUUCAAGCGUAAAGCGGAUUGGGUCCGACACGAAAGUGAACGACACCGACAAUUGGAGUGGUGGACGUGUACGGUGCCUGAUUGCCAUCAUACCUGCUACCGAAAGGAUAAUUUCGUGCAGCACCUUGUCAGGGAGCAUAAAAUGCCAGAACCCAAAGUCAAGAAGGCGAAAGGGCAAGGGUCGGCAAGCAAGACGAAGGGUGACCCGGGGUCUCCGGAUCUGCAGGAUGAAGUCAAUCGCGAGCGAGAGAUUGAACAGCUGUGGGACCUGGUAGAGCGAUGUCGACAUGACACGCUGAAAGGUCCCAAGGACGAACCAUGUCGCUUCUGCGGCAACGUUUGUAGCAGCUGGAAGAAAUUAACGGUGCACUUGGCCAAGCACAUGGAACAGAUCGCCAUGCCGGUUUUGGCGCUUGUAAAUGAAAGGGAUCUUUCAUCGAACGAGACUACGGGGCCUGCUGGUGGUGGGCCAGAUUCUGGCCCCGAUCCAGGGACCUCCACGCCAGAAGCCAGCCGUUUUAUGCCAAGGUUGGAUGGGGUCGAGGGAUCCUCGGCGGUGUCGACGGAUUUCACGCAGGCACCGUACGCCAGCAACAAUGCCGAGAGGCGUCAGGAGCCUAUGAUGUCCUUCCACCCAUCAUAUCCUCCCCACUUGACAACCAUGCCUGGCGGUUGGAUCUCCGCCGAGCCUGAGUCAAUUGACGCGUACGAUGAUGCGCCCACACUCCUGCCAGGGGGAGCUGUGGACCAGACGCGGCUCAUGCCGAUACAUCAAAAUUCGGUCACCUAUCCACCCCCUUUCAACACUGGCCCUCGACUCCGAGUCCCCAACCAGAAUCUCAGUGGGUUGCAGGACCCGUAUAGUUUCGCCAUGUCCCCCACGGAGAUGCAGCCCGCGUACGAUCACCAGGGGCCGGUUUACGUAUCACCUUCGGCGGAGCACGGCUAUGGGUACCAGGGAUCGAUGCCGCCGGCUAUGCCUUACGUUCCGGGAGGCUACCGAGAAUAG